CCGGAACCAGAAAAGUUUGCGUUAGCGAGAUUUGGCGCAAGUUCCAAACUUUGAUUAAGAAAGAAAUGAGCGUGUACGAACUCGCUUAAUAAGCGUAUAAUUAAUAUCCUACCUUACUGAAUUUCAGUGUAAAAUGAUUAUCUGCAAUGGCUGAAAAUGUGUCCCACUCAGAAGUCUUACCACCAUCUCCAGUUGCAACAUCUACACAGAUUUCACAGGCUAGAAAUAGGCUGCCUUUAUUUCCAAGACUGCCUUCACUAGAUGUAGAAUUGGAUAUAAAUGAAAUCGAUGUGGAGCCAUUGUCGCCGAUAGCAACUGUAUAUGCAGGUCAGACUGAGAGAGGUCAUUCAACAGCUGAUAGCAGCGUAAACAGAGCAGCACACAGUACAGGUGGUGUGGACCUCCAGCAUUGGGUAAUUAGAGAACGAAGGCCACUUACUAUCGGAGGGGGACUACCGGUGCAGCCAGUUGGAGGUGUGAUAGAAUUGGAUGAUGACCAUUCUCGGCCAUCCUCUGAUAACAGUGAUGUCAUAUCGAUAGGCGAAGGGUCCUCAGAUAUAGAACAUGUAAGUGACUCUGACAAUGAUGUAGAUGAUGAUGAUGAUGAUGUGAUCAGACCAGCAAACCCAGUACCUCCUGAUGAACCAGUCUAUAUUGAAGAGUCAGCAGCACAAGACAGAGAUCAGCAAGACAGCCAUCAGCACUCUGCUAAUCCUAACUCUUCAAAUUCAACGGCAACAACUUCUGGUGCUGCAGUUUUGGUAGAAACUCCAGCAGUUGCCUCCUCUGUUGCCCCGGCAACACCUGGACCCAGCUCAGCUGUUCCUGUGCCUGUUGUUCAGAUCCUUGGAGGUCAUGGCCAGUCACCAGCAGAUUUUAGAAGUCCAAAGAGGAAAAGAAUUCACUCCCCUGAAAAACCUACAGCAGGUGGAGAUAAGAAAGUAGAGGAGGAGGAAGAGGAUGGUGAUUGUUGCCCUAUUUGUUUCGAGGCAUGGACAACAUCUGGACUUCAUAGGUUGUGUUCAUUAAGAUGUGGACAUUUGUUUGGGCAAAGUUGUAUAGAAAAGUGGUUGAAGGGUCAGGGAGGUAAAUGUCCACACUGUAAUGCAAAGGCCAAAAGACAGGAUAUUAGAGUGUUGUAUGGGAGGGCAGUAAAGGCUUUAGAUACAACAGAGCAAGAUAGGGCUUUGAAAGACCUGGAAAAAGAGAGAGAUGCAAAACGGAGAGCUGAAAUGGAAGGGGCACAAAUUCGUCUACAGUACCAAAUGACUAUAGAGGAAAACAAUAGGCUUAAAUUGGAAGUAGAGACCUUGAAAGCACAACUUAGAAAGACAGGUGGUUCAGGAUUACCAGGGUUACCAGCCUUGAAUUCAGGAAAGAAGAUGGAAGUCGGUCAAGGAUUAAACAAGUCACAGAUUGCUGGACGGUAUGUGAUUGACAAGAAAGUCAAGAUCUGGGAUGCUGGUAACUGCCGUGUCAUGGCACACUGUCCCUCACUGGCUACCAUAGUUGCUUCUCAACCAUCUUCAAGUCCCUUAUUUCCAGGAUUUGGGGUGAAAAAGAUAUGUACACUUGAUUUCAAAACAUCACAGUACAUAACAAUACAUUCCAAAGCUAUCAGAGAUGUUGCGUUUCACCCCACAGUAGAAGAUGGCAUGUUGCUGUCUUGCGGGCUCGAUAAGAAAGUCAAAAUGACCAGUCUUCUAAGUAAUGCUGUAGUUCAAUCAUAUGACACUCCCAUGCCAGCAUGGAGUUGUGUAUGGAAUGCGGAGAACAGAAACUUUUUUUACGCAGGCCUACAAAAUGGACUGGUUCAAGAAUUUGAUAUUCGUAACACUGAAGGCCCAGUCCGAGAAUUCAACCGUGAAGGGAGCCGGUCUCCCGUUGCUUCACUGUGUUAUAUGUGUGCUGACAGGAGAGCUGAUUUCAGAUCUGGAGGUCUGCUGAUAGGUCAGUUAGAUAGGGUAUCAUUCUUCGAAUGGCUGCCUAAUGACCAACAUAGAAUCCAUUUGUUGCCACUAGAGGGCAGUCUCACCAGCUUGCACAUAGAACCAAAUACACGGCAUAUUCUUGCCAGUUUCCGUCCAACUGGUCGACAUCCAACUAUUCGGCAUCAGUUAUGUGAAUUGAUCUCAAGAAACAUUAGCACUGUUCCAUCUGUGAUAGAUAACGUAUGUACCUGUAAUGUGAUACAUACGUUUCAUGGAGGUCGUAUGCAGACUGUCCUCUCGAAAACGAUAGUGCAUCAACAUCCUGCUGAUACUACUAGAUUGCUGGUCUGUGCUGGUGAUGAAACCGACAAUACAGUUCACAUUUGGGACUCAGGGAGCGGUCAGUUAUCACAGAGACUGGCUACAGGGGGAGUGACAGUAGAUAUGUGUUCAAUGAAUAUAAACAAUACUAUGUACCUCGCUACACUGACAGAUAAACUAUGUAAGGUGUACAAAUGGGAAUGACAGUGUAAUUUAGCCUGAAAAUUGGUUAAAGUACAUGCAGUUUAUACAACAUACAGUGGUGCUUUCAUGGAUUAACAGCAUAAGGUGUUCAAAAUGGAGCUGUCGAAAAAUUCGACUAUGCUGUUGGGUUCACAUGAUAGGGUAAACAAAACAUUUGUUACUGCUCUGUUUACACAGCAGAUUUUAAUGUACCUUUAAUCAGGGAAUUAUAAAAGGCUAUAUACCUGAAUAUGCAUUCCUCGAAUCUCCCACUGAUAAUAUUUUGUGUUCAAAUGAGAGAAAUGGAGAUAUUUGCUCAACACUAUAUGCCACUGAGGUUUUCAAGUUAGAGAAAUGAAGGCAUGUGCACAACUCUGCAUUAUGAUUAUGGUAUUCAGUUGAAAGAAGUAAAGACAUGUGCUCAACACUACAUAUGAUUGUGGUGUUCAGAUAAAAGAAAUGAAGACAUGUGCACUGAGGUGUUCAAAUGAGAGAAAUGAGGACAUGUGCUCAACACUACAUAUGAUUGUGGUGUUCAGAUUAAAGAAAUGAAGACAUGUGCACUGAGGUGUUCAAAUGAGAGAAAUGAGGACAUGUGCUCAACACUACAUAUGAUUGUGAUGUUCAGAUUAAGAAAUGAAGAUAUGUGCACUGAGGUGUUCAAAUGAGAGAAAUGAGGACAUGUGCUCAACACUACAUAUGAUUGUGGUGUUCAGAUUAAAGAAAUGAAGAUAUGUACACUGAGGUGUUCAAAUGAGAGAAAUGAGGACAUGUGCUCAACACUACAUAUAAUUGUGGUGUUCAGAUGAGAAAAAUGAGUAUGUGUUCAUUGUUACCUACCAAUGUGCUUUCAUGGGUAUAAACGAGUUUAAGCUUUAAUUAACUCAAGAUAACAGGAUAUCUCAGGUUGAUGCACUGUAUAAUCGUUAUUUUUUAGGGCAUAAUAUUUAGUGAUUUUAGCAAAAAUUGCCAUUUCAUGGGGAUUUAAAUUCGUGGAUUUCAAAUUUCAAAGGUACAGUAACUGAGACUUCCAUUUGUUGGAAUAAAAUGACUCUGAUUUACACAACAACAAAAUCAACAAAAGUAGUUCCUCAUGAAUAUUAAUGAUUUCCCAAUUCAAAAAAAGAAGAACAAUUAAGACAUUUGCUCAGUAUCGCAUACUUUGGUUGUUGGUGUGUUCGAAUGUGAAAUGCAUUUAAAAAAUACUAGUAUCCUUAAACCUAUUGAAAAAGGAUUGAAUGCCAAGAAGUAUUAUGCCACAUGAACUGUGUGACUAGAAAACUGAGAGGAUCUGUUAUGUUUAGAUUCUAGGCAAGCUGAAAAUGAUAAUAUUUAUGAAUAUGUUGUUACUGAUACUUUACCUUCUUGAUUAUGUGGAGUUUGUUGAGAUUGAUUCAUAUCUGUGUUUUAGGGGUUAGGCAAAAGUGGUCUAAGUACAUAUAGUUAAAUAAGCUAAAAUUCAGAACAGUUUGCUCUCACUACUCUGUGCAUGCUGUUAAAAUUGUGAAAGAAGAAAAAUUGUAAUGGCAUAUUUUGCCAGCAGUUAAAUUUUUACUGCCAGUUAAUUUUUUUCUUAGAGAAUGCAUAGUUAAUUGCAAGUUUAGAGUGGUCUUGCAUUUGUAGACUAAGCAUACAUGAAAGUAAAUUGUUCUUGAUAACUGGUUUUUAGAUGUGAAAAGUUAAAACUGUUUGUUUAUAAUAAUGUCAAUUGCAAUUGGCUUUUAAGACACCUUUGUCUUGUUCACAGUCUUCUGCCUCUUGAAUCCUUUCCUUUAAUGCCAGACACCAGGCAGGCAGGUUGGCAGUAGAUAACCAUUUAAAAAGUGAGCUGGUUACUCGCCAACCACAAGAGUGGCUUGAACCUUUGACCUGCCAUUCCCUAGGGGGUGUUAUAAACAAGUUACACAUACAUACAUAUAAUGUGAUUAAGAGAAAAUUCAGUAGUCUUUUAACUUUGUUAAAUUAUAUCUUCUUUUAUUACAUGUUUUUGCUUGAGUUAAUGGAAAAUUACAGUGAAAUAUAUCUUUAUAUGCUAUACUAAGAAACUGUAAAUGCGUUGAAAUUUUAUUAAAUCAUGAAAUGGUAAGAAAAUUUACUUGAUUUAUACGUAUGUAAGAUCAAAAUAUCUCACUUGUGAACACCAUAUCUUACAUAUUAAUUUGAACAUCGCGGAAAUAUAGCAUCUGGUGUUAAAAGGUGUUUUGAUCUUGCAUGGAAACAUCUAUGUAUAUGCCUUAUGCUUUGUUGUAUUUAAAAGAAAUACAUCCUUUGCAAAAACUUCUCGAUCGAAAACUGUAUUCUAACAACUUGCUAAAUGCCGAGGAAAUGUGUGUGUGUUUUAAGUUGGUUAAAGCUUAGAGAAAACAUUCUCCCAAUUUAAGAUAUGCGUUGCAAUAAAUAUACUGCCUGUUGUUGUAAUGUAAGUAUCUAUUGAUUGUUAAAAGCAUAAACAUUCGAUGGAACUAUUUUCAUUUGCUGCAUGCUUAACUUCGAGGUUUUUUUUAAUGAAAUACACACUAAUUAUUGUU